AUGUCACAUGGAGAUGUUUUAUUAAUGACAGAAAGAUUAGAACGUUGGAAACAACGUUUACAAAAUUUGACCGAAAUCCAAUUGCCUACAGAUUAUCCUAGACCUUCGCCACCAAAAGUUGUAGAGGCAACCAGGAUAUUGCAUUUACCCGAAAUCACGGCAUUAGCUGUUUUGCAAUUAUCGCUAGGUAUUUCUCCAACACAUGAUUCAAAUCAUAAGAAUCCAUCUCCAUUUGCAAUUCUGUUGGCUGCGUUCACCAUAUUGUUAUAUCGAUAUACUGGUGAUGAGGAUAUCACCGUUGGAUCUUCAUCGGAUUCAAGAAAUCCCCUCGUUUUAAGAAUACAUAUUAGCCCUACUGAUACUUUUGAACAAGUGGUCCAAAAAGUUCAAAAAGUUGAACAAGAGGCAACUGCUGAUGAAGUCCCGUUCCAUUUAUUAUUAUCAACUUUAUUUCCUGCUAAAGAUGAAAGGAGGAAUUCAAUACCAAAGAGAUCCAUAUCAACCAAUGGUGUAGGUCAAGAAUCAUCUUCGAUGCCAACGCAUUCACCAUUAUUUCGCGUUCGUUUCUUUAAUCAGACGGAUAUCCCGGAAAAUCCGUUAUUACAAGUCACGUCAUCUACAACAGACCUGACGGUUUCAAUCACCUCACACUCCUCUUCUUCAUUACGUCAAGCACUUUUACCUUCAAUAGAAAUCAAAAUUUCAUAUAAUCAAAUAUUAUUUUCUGAAAAGCGUAUUUCACAUAUCUUGGAUCAAUUAAUUACUGUGAUUAAUAAUGUAGCUAAAAAUAAAGAAUUACAUGUAGCAGAGAUCCUUAUACUGAAUAAAAGGAGUCUUGAUAUUCUUCCUGAUCCGCGUGCGGAUUUGGAUUGGUCUGGAUUUCAUGGUGCAAUUACGGAUAUUUUCUCCGAUAAUGCAAAAAAAUUUCCCGAAAAGUCUUGUGUGGUGGAAUCUCGUGGUGGAAGUAAUAAUAAGAGACGCGUUUUUACCUAUCGUCACAUCAAUGAGGCUUCUAACCUUGUCGCACAUCAUUUAAUUCAAAAUGGAAUUGAAAGGGAGGAUGUGGUUAUGGUAUACGCGUACCGUGGUGUGGAUCUUGUAGUCGCGGUGAUGGGCGUUCUUAAGGCUGGUGCUACAUUUAGUGUAAUUGAUCCUGCUUAUCCACCGGAUCGUCAAAACAUAUACCUAUCGGUUGCUGUACCACAUGGAAUUAUCCUGCUUAAACAUACAGGAACUUUACAUCCAUCUGUUCGUACAUAUAUCCAAGAAAAUCUUCAGAUCAAAUGCGAAAUUCCUGCAUUAGAAAUUUUAGACGAUGGAUUUUUGAAGGGGGGUGAUAUUAACGGUGAUGGCGAUGCGUUAGAUUCGGUUCGAGAUCGUGCCGCAGAAGGUGCUGGUUUAAUCAUUGGACCGGAUAGCAUUGGAACUUUAAGUUUUACAAGUGGGAGUACCGGAAUACCGAAAGGGGUUAGGGGGCGUCAUUUUUCACUAACACAUUAUUAUCCAUGGAUGUCUCGAGAAUUUGAUCUUACUGAUCAAGAAAAGUUUACAAUGUUAAGUGGAAUUGCUCAUGAUCCAAUCCAACGUGAUAUUUUCACCCCAUUAUUUCUCGCUAUGGGUCAAUUGUUAUCUGCUAAUGCUAGCACCCCGAUACCUUCGCUUCGAAAUGCAUUCUUUGUCGGGGAUAUUUUAACAAAACGUGACUGUAACCGUCUCCAGCAUCUUGCACCAAAUACCAAAAUUAUAAAUAUGUAUGGAACAACAGAAACACAGAGAUCUGUUUCUUAUUUUGUUAUUCCAUCACUUUCUUCUGCCCCUGCGUUCUUAUCAUCUCAGAAAGAUGUUAUACCUGCAGGAAAAGGCAUGAAGAACGUUCAAUUGCUUGUUGUCAACAGGCAAAAGAAAGAUUCUUUAUGUGGUAUUGGUGAGAUUGGUGAGAUUUAUGUUAGAGCUGGUGGAUUGGCCGAAGGUUACCUUAGGUUAGAGGAUGUGACGAAGGAAAAGUUUCUUACAAAUUGGUUUAGCGAUGAUAUUCAAUACACAGAUAAGAAUGAAGGGGAUGAGAAAUGGCGUCAAUUUUGGAAGGGCAAGAGAGAUAGGUUAUACAGGACUGGUGAUCUUGGACGAUAUAGGCCAGACGGGAACGUUGAAUGUACUGGAAGAGCCGAUGAUCAAAUUAAGAUUCGAGGAUUUAGAAUUGAACUUGGUGAGAUAGAUACACAUCUUUCACAACAUCCACUUGUGAGAGAAAAUGUUACCCUCGUUCGUAGAGAUAAAAAUGAGGAACAAACUCUUGUCAGCUACUUUGUACCUAUGGAAGGAGAUGAAUUGUCAGAGUUUGUGAGUUCUGCUGAUGAAGAUGAAGAGGCGGGAUUUUCAGUUGGCAAGCGCACAUGUCGUAGACUUAUUAAACAAAUAAGGGAAUAUUUGAAAAUGAAAUUACCAAGUUAUAGUAUACCAAGUGUAUUCGUUCCCCUUAGAAAGAUGCCCUUGACACCUAAUGGAAAAAUAGAUAAGCCUGCAUUACCUUUCCCCGAUACUGCCGAAUUUGCAUCACAGUCGGCUACUGGAGUUAAUAAAAAAGAGCAAAUGACAGUAUCCGAACAGCAAGUUUAUGAAAUUUGGGCUCGAAUUCUUCCAAAUCUGCCUAAACCUAUACCAUUGGAUGAAAGUUUCUUUGACCUUGGUGGACAUUCAAUUACAGCGACAAGAUUAAUUUUUGAAUUAAGGAAGACUUGCGGUGUUAACGUGCCUCUCGGAAUAGUCUUUGAAAGACCAACUAUUCGUGGACAAGCUAAAGAAGUUGAUAAUAUGUUAAGUGGUGAAUAUAAUUUGGCUGGUGAAGUGACCGACUUGCUGGAAAAUACAGUUGUUGCAAAUAAAAGUAAGAUCCAAGUUUCAAAGGAAGAUAAAGCAGAAUUUGAUUACGCUAGUGAUUAUGAGUCAUUGUUAACUGAACACAUACAAGAAAGUUAUGAGCCAAUUACGGAGAAUUACCCCAGGAAGACCUUCUUCGUUACCGGCGUUACUGGAUUCCUUGGGGCAUUUAUUGUUUCAUCUCUACUUGAUUUUAGUAAUGACAUUAAACUUAUUGCCCACGUUAGGUCUGAAACAAAAUCUCUUGCAAUGGAAAGAGUAAAGAAAAGUUGUAUGUCACAUCUAGUAUGGAGAGGCGAGUGGGAGACUCGAGGCAGAUUGGAAGUGGUCUGUGGUGAUUUGGAAAAAGACAGGUUAGGAAUCAGUGAAGAAGAGUGGAAAUCACUCGCGGAACGUGUGGAUGUCGUGAUUCAUAACGGUGCCUUGGUACAUUGGGUUUAUCCUUAUCCAAAACUUAGGGCAGCAAAUGUGCUUGGAACUCUUUGGGCACUUAAACUUGCCUCAGCACAUCACACCAAACCUUUUAACUUUGUUAGUUCAACUUCAGUUCUUGAUACAGAACAUUAUGUAAAUUUAAGUGAUUCUAUUAUUGGAAGGGGUGGAAAAGGAAUUUAUGAAAAUGAUGAUUUAGAGGGAAGUAGGACAGGAUUAAAGAGUGGAUAUGGACAAAGCAAGUGGGUAUCAGAAAAAUUAAUUAUGGAAGCAAAUAAGAGAGGAAUGACGGCCACGAUAAUAAGACCUGGAUAUAUAGUUGGACAUUCUACAACUGGAGUUACAAAUACUGAUGAUUUUAUUUGGAGGUUAGUCAAAGGAUGCAUUCAGCUAGGUGUAGUACCUACGAUUUAUAACACCAUCAACAUGUGUCCUGUUGAUUACGUUGCCGGAUGCGUUACGCACAUAUCUUUAUCACCUAUAGCAGCGUCAAAGUGUGUGUUCAAUAUCACGCAUCCCUCAAGUUCGUCAUUUAGACUUGAUGAGUUAUUUUCUUGCUUGCCUCGUUAUGGAUAUACAGUAGAAAAAGCCGAAUAUAUUGUAUGGAGAAACAAAUUAAUGGAAUUUACAUUAAAAGCAGGAGAUAAUGCGUUAUAUCCGUUACUCCAUUUUGUUCUUGAUGAUUUACCAACAUCUACAAAAUCACCUGAAUUAGAUAAUACUAAUACGCAAGAAAUUGUUGGUAAAGAAUGUGAGAGAAUGGGAGAAAGAUUAAUAGGAAUUUACUUGGGUUAUUUAGUUAAAGUAGGAUUUUUGGAUAAGCCUGAUAUAAGAGAAAAUCAUCUAGGUUAUAAUAGAGUUUUAGAAUUACCCGACGUUUUUGUAGCUUUAGAAGGAGUUGAAGUUUUAAGAAGAAGUAAUAGAACUUAA